UCAUUCCCUCCUCCCAUCUUAGAACGUGUUGAAGAGAUUAUAGGCUCUGCUGGUCUGCAGCAAUUAGAACAGGAAUUUGCAGAUUUGGAGUUGAAGGCAGCUGAUGGGCUCUUUCUGGGAUGAUCGAGAUAAAGCUCAAGGAACCCUUUUAGCCCUAACUUAUGUCAAAGACGAUAAAAUUACUUACAGAGUUCAAACACCCAGGUUUAUAAAUCUUCUAUCAGUCCAUGAUUUUGUAUUUCCAUUGCUUUCAAUGCCAGACUGGUGGGUGAGCCUUUGGAGAAAGGGGAUGGUUCUGGAUGAGUAGUGAGAAAGGAAGGCUGUGUUUUAGAUGAGGGUAAAAUAGACAUUUUACAAAGGCUGAUGUGUGCGGAGUGUGCUUUAUAACGGGGCGAAUUUUUCUUUCGAUAUUUGUUUGAUCGAUUUGCUUGCGGACGAGACGAAAUACGAAUCCGAGCGACAUAGGCAGACACAGCAAACUAUGGGGGCGACGGGAGGCGAUGUGGAGGCCGGGUUCGCGAAGCUCCAGGGCGAAGACUUCGAGUAUUACAUGCAGACUUACUCUAUCAUCCUCGGCCGCAAUUCCAAGAAGUCGACCGUUGACGUCGACCUUUCCAGCCUCGGCGGUGGCAUGAACAUCUCACGCCACCACGCCCGCAUCUUCUACGACUUUGCCCGCCGCCGCUUCGCACUCGAGGUCCUCGGAAAGAAUGGCUGCUUCGUCGAGGGCGUUCUCCACCUCCCUGGAAACCCCCCUGUCAAGCUCGACUCCCAGGACCUUCUUCAGAUCGGAGACAAGGAGUUCUACUUCCUCCUGCCCGUGCGAAGCAUCCUCGGUGGGCCUCUCGGCCACAGGCAUUUCGUGGGCGCAGCUGCCGGGGCCGGGGCCGGGGCCUCUGCUGCGCACUACGGUAAUUUUCAUCUGGCGGGGCCCACAGCGACGCCUGCCGUAAAGAAGGGGAGAGGGAGGGACUUCUACGAGGAGGAGUACGAUGAUGAGGAUGAGAUUGGUGGUGGUGCCGGGAGUGGUAAGAAGUUGAGGAGAGAAGGGUUUGAGGGGUACGGCUUCAGCGCUGGUGGUUCGGGCGAGAAGAAAGCAGAGGGAAGAUUAAGGGUUGAUCGAGAAGCUGACAAUCAUCAACUUUUGCAGUUGGAAGAAAAGGAUGUAGUAUCAACGGUAGCUACCGCGCUCUCAGAUAUUUGUGGUCCUGGAGAAUGGAUGCCUAUGGAGAAACUUCACACAGUGUUGUUGGAUAAGUAUGCUAAUGUCUGGCAUCAUAGUCGAGUAAGAAGAUAUCUCACAUCUGAGGAUUGGCCUGGUCCUGAAUCCAAGGGGAAACCAUGGUACGGCUUGCUUAUGUUGCUAAGGAAAUAUCCUGAACACUUUGUCAUUAACACGAGGUCCAAGGGUCGGAUUACAUUGGAGUUUGUCUCUCUUGUCUCUCUGCUUUCAUGACAUAAUGAGACACCAAAGCGUGAUUACGUGCUGCUGAUAAUUUAUCACGAAGUUUAAUGGAAAAGUGACAAAUAUUGCUGAUCGUCUACUUUGAUACUGAUCCUUUGAAAUAUGGUCAGGCAGUGAUAGUAAGUUUUGGAUGGGAGCCAGCUGCACGUGUAAGUGACACAAAUCUACAUUAUUUUGCUGCUGCUUAGGCUUUUGUUUUGACAUGGGAAUUGUUCUGCACAAUGUGUUGGUAAACAACUAAUUGUCUUUAAGGACAAUGGAUCUUCAUUACCCAAGAAGCUAGCUGCCCCACAAAGUUUUCUCUAGUUAUGCCUCAGGCAUCGAAAUAGGGGCAAAUCUGAAGCCCUUCCAAUUUUGUAUGUAACUUUUUUCCUAAAGCAAUUGGAACAGUUUUGCCAAUCUGGCUGUUAAUAUUUAA